AUGCAACGAUGCACACACGAUUUUUGUGAGCAAAUAAGAAAACAGGUUGAACGAUUGGUAGAUCGUGUUUCAACAUCAACGCUGCUCGAAGAUCGCCGUGAUGCAUGUCGUGCUCUAAAAUCGUUGUCGCGUAAAUUCCGUGUUGAGGUUGGUGCCCAAGGAAUGUCAGCACUCGUACAAAUCCUCGAAAUGGAUCGCAGUGAUUGCGAAAUUGUUGGCUAUGCCCUGGACACGCUGUGCAAUAUAACAUCACAAGAGCAAUUCGACGAAGAAAUGGACAAUCCCACGGUGUCAUCAAACAUUGGCGAACAAUUCACCGAAAUGUUUAUAAAAUCACCCGACAACGUGACGACCGUAUUAAGUUUUCUCGAAGAAAUUGAUUUCAAAGUACGAUGGCCGGCAAUCAAAUUACUCACAUCACUGUUGGCCAAUCGUCAUAAAGACAUUCAAGAAAUAAUUUUAGUGAGCCCAAUGGCCGUGUCAAAACUAAUGGAUCUAUUAGUGGAUACCCGUGAAGUGAUCCGAAACGAUGCUCUUUUACUGCUCAUUGAAUUGAUCAAAGGAAAUGCAAACAUACAGAAAAUUGUUGCAUUCGAGAAUGCAUUCGAUCGAUUAUUCGAUGUGAUACGUGACGAGGGUUUUUCGGAUGGUGGAAUCGUCGUGGAAGAUUGUCUCAUUUUAAUGAUUCAUUUAUUGAAAAAUAAUUCAAGCAAUCAGCAAUUUUUCAAAGAAGGUUCCUACAUCCAACGAUUGGCUCCGAUGUUAGUGCUUCCACCAGAGCUCGAUGAAUCCGGUUGGACACCGCAAAAAGUAUCAAAUAUGCAUUGUAUGUUACAAAUUGUCCGUGCUUUAGUUAGCCCAAUCAAUUCACAGAUCAUCAUAACAUCGUGUCAAAAAACAAUGCGAAAUUGUGGUUUGUUAGAAACACUGUGCAAGAUUUUGAUGGGAAGUGGUGUGCCAUCAGACGUUUUGACGGAAACAAUAAACACAGUUGCCGAAGUAAUUCGGGGUGAUAAUGAAAAUCAAGAAUAUCUCAAUUCAAUUUUGGCACCCAGUAAUCCACCGCAACCGGCCAUCGUUGUUCUUCUCAUGUCAAUGGUAAACGAUAAACAACCAUUGACACUACGCACUGCCGUAUUGUAUUGCUUCCAGAGUUUUCUCUAUAACAAUCAAAUUGGCCAAAUAAAAUUAGUUCAAACACUAUUACCAACAACAGCAAGCGUUACAUCGUUCACAGCCGGUCAAUUGUUGUGCGGCGGUCUCUUCAGUUCGGACGCUUUGUCGAAUUGGUUUUCGUUGGUUUCUCUCAUGCACGCACUCAUUGGAAACAAUGAAGAGAAACAACAAUUGCUUCGUGUUCUUUUGGCCACAUCACCGGGCAGUGAGCCAAUUUCAUUACUUCAACAAUGUACAACUCUACUGCAAACCAGCAACUACAAACUUCAAUCGAAACUUGGCAUUUUGAUGUUAUUGUGUACAUGGUUGCACGAUUGUCCAUUGGCGGUUAAAGCAUUUCUCAAUACACCAAACACAACGGCCUAUCUCAUCUCACAAAUCAGCGCCAAUGAACAUGACGACAAUGAAUAUUUGGUGCAGAGUCUGUGCGCCUUUCUCAUGGGCAUAAGCAUUCAAUUCAACGAUAAUUCCGUGCAAAAUUCUCGACGAGAAGACUUAUGCCAACUAGUUAAGAAACGAAUUGGAUUAGAAACAUACACGAAGAAAUUGGGCGAAGUUACAAAGCAUGAAGCAUACAGUCGAGCCGCCAAAGUACCACAGAUUCGAGCCAAGGGCGCUUCGGAACUACUAUUAGACUAUGAAUUUUGCAAACUAAUUAAGAAUAUUGAAG